UGUUUUCUGGCCUAUAUUCAUCUGGAGAGCAGGCGAUCAGGAAAAGCUUGAGUCUUUCAUCUGUGGCACAGCUUUUUCCUGAUGCUGCACACGACUACACGAUUGGCGAGGAAACCUUCCUCGCGACGACGUGUUACGAAGUGCUGGUGCCGGGAACGUUCAUUAUCCCGUACGCUGUCUGGACAUUGACGGGUUAUCCACUGCGGCGAUGGCUAAGGAAUUUCACUACGGCUGAUAAUUGAUGCUUGAAUGUUGAGGCACAUGAUCCCUUUUUCCAUUGUAGUUGGUUCUCAAUUAUUUUACUCCGUUCUUGAAAGGCUUGGAUGUGCUAACGAGAAGCUCCUGCCUUCGUUGUACAACACCUCUAAUCCCAACAAUUUUAUCCCAUUCUCCGACGACGUCCGCAGUGCUCGGGUAAUGGAACUUCGCGUCGCUGAGACCUACUCCGAACCGCCGAUGAUGUAUGUCGCUUGGGACUACGCUGCCCAUCUGAUUUUACCCCUUUGGUCCUGCGGAUUCCUGUUUCUGUGUGCUCCUCAAUUCCAGAGUAAGAUCUUUGUGGCUUUGAUGUGCUACGCGCUUUUCAUGUAUUUUUCGCAGAAGUGGCUGCAUUUGACACAAAGCAAGGCAACCUACAUCCACACAAGCAGUUUGAGUGUGGUUUGCUUCUACCUGUGGAGUUGCAUUGUUGGACUAUUGGGGGCUUGUGUAGCGUGGUGGCAGCAGAGGUAUCGGCGAUUGCAGACCUUAGCGGUAGGAGAGGCGGUGUUGAAGGAAAUUGGGGACGAAGCUGAGACGGAGAGGAUAACAAGGCGACGACUCAGCCGCGAAGGGCGACCCGAAAGCACAUCAUCAAGUGGAGGAAACAGUCAGCCAAAUCCGUCUCCAUCAGCACCAUCUCCCUCCCAAUCAUCCUCGCUGACUUCUGCGUCCCAAAGCUCAUCAUCCAUGUCAUCUUCUUCUGCCUCAUCACGACAAGCGAAAUCAAUCCGUCUCUCCGCAAAACGUGUCUCGAGACUGCGGAACACGCUCAACCACAUUCUUGGUGGUACGUCUGAGGAUGACGUUUGGUCCGUUCUUGGCAAUAUGGGCGAUGAAGGGAGAUCUUUUUUCUCGAAAAUACUGGGUUACGAAGGACCAGGAUUAGGUUUGAAGGAAGGGACGAGUGAAGAAGAUUUUUUUCCAUCAACCGCAGGCCAAGGCGAAGAUCUUGGGACGCAGCAGUCUUCUGGUAGAACGAGAAGUGCUCGAAGCGGUGUCGCACAUGGCCAUUCUGCAGAAAACGACUCAACGUACUAUCUUGAAGACGGAUCUCUUGCUCCAUCUAGUCGCGAUACUCCUGCCGCGUCAUCCUCUGACGUUCCACUCCGACCCCCACGAUGGUGGAAUGCUGCGGUUAGUAGCGCAGCAAUGCUCUACGGUGGAGGACCUUUAACACCAUCAACAGCGCGUCGUGGGCUUUUACUAAGUGCGACUAGAGCUUCUGUGUCAAGCCUGUUGGAAUUAGAAGGCGUUUCGAACAAUGGUGAGGAUGAAGGACAUAAACUUCUUGUAGCCGACCUAUCAGAGCAGGACACGAUGAAUAGAGGCAGCGCCACUUCCGUAUCUACAUCUGCAGACGUAGAAGCAGAGAGUAGUUCCUGGCCAGAAGGGGUAGGCAGUGAUGAAAGGAAUCGACCAAGAAGAAGAUGGCUAGAAGGCGAUGGUGGUGGAGACAACACUCGUAGUUACAACGACAACAAGUUUGAUGUCGAGAACAUGCUGCAGGAAGACUUGGUUGUCGACUUUCCACUGAUCGAUUCAAUAGUGAAGCAGGUAAACUACUCGCUUAAACACGACUACGAGUUUGACAGUAUCGUGGUGAACUGCAUCAUCGUUGGCUUCGUCUCAGCGGCAGCGUAUCUCCUUGGUCUGAUUAUCGUGGCUCCGGGAGUUAACCGAUCCUCGAGUAGUAAGACUGCAGGUGGCGCUGCUGGUGGUGAAGAGUCAAAUUGGAAAGCAGGCUUGUGGGCAUGCAUUUGCUUUCCCUGCUCCUGCUUCAGCUGCUUGUGCUCCUGUUGUUUUAACUGCUUCUGCUGCUGUUGCUCCCUACAACCAAAUGGUACAGGUGAUCGAAAUAGUCGUAGCGGAGGUGGAGGAACAACUCAGCCUCAAGUUCCAACAUUAUCAGACGCUCCUCGCAUACUGGAGAAGAAUCAACAGCCAGAUUAUCAAGGUAGUUCAUCAGCGAUGACACGCGAAACGCUGAUUAACUUGGAGCAAGAGCACAAGUUUAAGCGAAGUUUGAGGAGUUCAACAACAUUAAGGGUUUCCAAAUUGCAUUCUUCAAUUGCAUCGUCCUUGACCUUUUUUCAAGUGUGGGAAACGGGUCAAGGGUGUUGUUCUGAAAUAAAAUGUAAUGCUGCAAGUGCAACUUCUAACACUGGGGGACUUCUACCUGAAUUACAUCAGCGUCGACCAUCAUCAUGAUGAAGGUGAGGGCGCAUACGACGAGAUGCCCAUGACCUAUUCAGAAGUCGAGAAGCGAUUCGGAGCUACCUAUCAAAACACGAAUCCGAUCAUGGUUCUGCGUUCAAACUUCCUACCACCGGCAUCUUUGACUGAUUUGGGAGGACGUGGUGGUGGUGCGAUGGAAGUUACACAACAGCCUAGCACUCACUCUUCGUCUUCCAAGCUAGCGCAAGAGCAGGGAAAGAAAGACCCUAGACAAACUGCAAAGAACCUCUUGGACACAACAAUGGCUGACUUUGCUGCCUCUGCAUCUAGUAUUAAGGCUCAACUUUCAAUGGUCAUUGGGGUUGGUCACUGAGAUCGAAGAGGCGACCCCUUGAGAGAACAGGGGAAAACGAAGGGAAAGGGGAGAGCUUCGAAGGGGGUCCCUUCCGUUCAGAGUCAGCCACCCUUGAAUGCUGAGCUUUAAUAGUAGCAAUCUACCAGUUCAGAAGCGUGCUUCCUUUGCACUACAUCAGGCCUCGUCUGAGGGAGAAGGAGCGCCGGGUAAUCAGCUGUUUCCACCAGCAACAGGCGAAGGAGAAGACCUUCUUGACGGCAUGGUCGAGCAGAGUGUCACAAUUACGCCAGAUAUGGAUGCGCUGACGAAACUGGACCAUAGUCAAAUACGGCUCACCCGAAUUCACCUUCACAGAGUCUGCUUCUCAGUUUCCUAAGAGGGAAUCCUGUGGAGGAGAUGAGCGUAUUCGAAAAUUCAAAAUAAGCGAGCUACUGACUGAAGUAAGAGAGUCUUGACUACGUUCCUCUUCUUUCAGUAUCUCCCUUAUUUUCAAUAGUUACUCGGUUAUUUCAGUUUUUCGAAUAUAUGAAUUUUUAUCAUGAGCUCUAAGUUGAUCAGUCAGUAGGAAGUACAGCCGUAUUGUCCGUCGGGCGCCUCCUGGUGCAGGAAAUAUUUUAGCGUCCAUGAGUCCUCUGGGGAUGUCGACAUCCGGCAACAUCUCGCGAUCGUUAUUUGCUUCCAAGAACAGCUUGGCGCCUUUUCAGGGACUGGGCAAUUCGAAUAUGGAUCUACAAGCAGGAAACAGAGCAACGGUCGCUGAUCGCGGGAGCGUUCCAAGUGCGCCAGGCGAUUUUUCAAAAACACCCUCUUUUGACCGGUCCGAGUUCGAACAUCACUCUCACCACCACCAUAGCUAUCAUCACCAUCCUUCCACUUAUCAUUAUGAAAGGAGGACUAAUACUAUUAUGUCAAAUACUUCCAGAGUUGUGAAAUCCAUAUUUUAUCAAGCAUCUGCGCAUUUUUUGUCAUGCAUCCUCGACCUUUUUAUAUAUCAGGCAUUCUGAAAAACAUGAUCAUGUCUUGAAAGUGAAACUUCAGAUCUUCGUUUGCAGACGGACUUCAACAUUCCCAAGCAACCCAUACAUGCCUCCUCCAAAUCUACUUAUCUCUAUCUCCCAAGAAACAACCCAAGAACAACUCCGCAUCUAUCUCUAACCUUAUGCCCAUCCUCCCGCAUAUGACUCACAAGCGAAGCUUGUCCUAUUCGCUAUUGGAAAGCAGUAUUUACUGCCGAACUUUGAUAAAAGCUUCGAUCUCGCAUCCGGGUAUCAAGACAUGUUUGAUUAAGGCUCAAUACAAUUCAUUUCUAGUUCUACGAGUCAUUUCUCAUUUGUUCCCUCAGUACGUGCACGUGGGAUUCAUUGGGAGAAAUGCAAGGUGUAAGAAGUGAAUUAGAAUUGUUUUGGGCUCUAAUUCGAUCAGUUCGAAGACCUGCUCGACGAAGGCUUUGAAAACAUCAAUAACCUAAACCGUGGAGCACAAGACCUUCUGCGGAACCAAUUUGACCAUGGAGUUCGCCAGGGAAAGACGUUGGCUAAUGCACUUUUUCAACCGUUUAGCAGACUAGACGCCGGUGCCUCGACGCCGUCUUCAUCGAGUAACGCGCUAGUGGAUGUUGGGGAUGAGCCGAAAGGGAAGCUGAGCAACUAGGACGUGUCGAAGUCUACAGGGAAGUGACGAUGAAGUAGUACAAAUGAGAUUCCAGCAGUAGUAGAACAGAAACAGACGAUAAACUAGACUAUGACACCAGAUUUUUUACGGGAAUUCGUUUACAACCACAACUGUCGUCUGUGGUGAAAUAGGUUUUGCUUUUCUAGAUCGGAUCUGUAUAAAUUUUUGUACGUGUCGUGUAAAGACUUCCACUUCAAUUUUUCCUGCUACAAAAAAAUGAGAUCCAGGUCCAACUGAAUACUUUGUCUGCCGAAGAAGACAUAGCUACGACGACUUAAACUAAUUUUGAUGAUUACUUAACAGAAACAGUUUGCUAGACCGAGAAGCAAGUGGCAGCCGGCGGAAUCAAACAUUUUUGUUGUGGUGGAAAAUUCAUUGCAACAAGUCAUCC